CGAACAUGGCGGCGGCGGCGGCCGAGGAGGCGGCGGCAGCGGCGGGGCGGCGCUGAGGAGGCCCGAGGCGGGCUGAGGAGUGGCGGGGCGGGCGGGCGGGGGCCCAUGUGCGGUGGCGGCGGACCCCCCCCGCCCCCCACUACCCGUUCGCAGCCAGGCGCCGCCGAGGCGGCUCUGCGGGCGCGGAGCGAGCGCGGCCCCGGCCCGCCGGCGGCGGCGGCGGCGGCGGCAGCAGCAGGAUGAAGUUCGCCGAGCACCUCGCGGCGCACAUCACCCCCGAGUGGCGGAAGCAAUACAUCCAGUAUGAGGCUUUGAAAGAGAUGCUAUAUGCAGCUGUGGACCAGGCCCCUUCUAUAGAAGACACAGAUGAGGACACGGUAAAAAGAUGUUUUGCCACGUUCGAAGAGAAAUUCUUCCAAACCUGUGAGAAAGAACUUGCCAAAAUCAACAUUUUCUAUUCAGAGAAACUUGCAGAAGCGCAGCGCAGGUUCACCACCCUCCGGACCGAGCUGCAAUCCACCUUGGACGCGCAGAAGGAGGCCAGCGGGGCCUCCACGCUGCAGCGGCGCCGAAAGCCCGUCUUCCACCUGUCCCACGAGGAGCGUGUCCAGCACAGGAACAUCAGAGACCUGAAAUUGGCCUUCAGCGAGCUCUACCUCAGCCUCAUCUUACUGCAGAACUAUCAGAACCUGAACUUCACUGGCUUCCGCAAGAUCCUGAAGAAGCAUGACAAGAACCUGGAGACGGCGCGGGGGGCGGAGUGGAGGGUGGCCGAGGUGGAGGUGGCUCCCUUCUACACCUGCAAGAAGAUCAACCAGCUUAUCUCCGAAACAGAGGAAGUGGUGACCAACGAGUUGGAAGAUGGAGACAGGCAGAAGGCAAUGAAACGUUUGCGAGUUCCACCCUUAGGAGCAGCUCAGCCUGUACCAGCCUGGACUACAUUCAGGGUUGGAUUGUUCUGCGGGUUGUUCAUUGCACUGAAUGUCACUGUCAUACUUUCAGGUGUGGCUUUUAUAGAUGGACCAAAUGUGUGGCCACUGGUGAGAAUCUAUCGAGGUGGCUUUCUCCUGAUAGAAUUCCUCUUUCUCCUGGGUAUCAACACAUAUGGCUGGAGACAGGCUGGAGUCAACCACGUCCUCAUCUUCGAACUCAAUCCCCGCAGCAACUUGUCCCAUCAACAUCUCUUUGAGAUUGCUGGUUUCCUGGGCGUUUUGUGGUGCCUGAGCCUGCUGGCAUGUAUAUAUGGUCAAUUCACCUACAUCCCCAUGCAGGUGAACCCACUCAUCUUGUACGGCUUCAUGUUGCUUUUUCUCAUCAACCCUACCAAAACCUUAUAUUACAAGUCCCGUUUCUGGCUGCUCAAACUAUUGUUUCGAGUAUUCACUGCUCCCUUCCACAAGGUGGGCUUCGCAGAUUUCUGGCUGGCUGAUCAGCUCAACAGCCUGGUCGUGAUACUUAUGGAUUUGGAAUACAUGAUCUGCUUCUACAGCUUUGAGGUUCAGUGGGAGGACAAUGCUGGACUUCUGGCAGAUACAGAUAAUCAGAUUUGUAACAGCUACUCCUACGGAGUGAGAGCAGUUGUCCAGUGCAUCCCUGCUUGGUUGCGAUUCAUCCAGUGCCUGCGCCGUUACCGCGAUAACAAACGGGCCUUUCAUCUGGUUAACGCUGGAAAAUAUUCCACCACCUUCUUCGUGGUGACAUUUGCAGCCCUCUACAGCACUCACAAAGCUAAAAACCACAGUGACACCCAAGUGUUCUUCUACCUGUGGAUUAUCUUCUGUUUCAUCAGCUCUUGCUAUACCCUCAUUUGGGACCUGAAGAUGGACUGGGGUCUCUUUGACAAAAAUGCUGGUGAAAAUACCUUUCUCCGAGAAGGAAUUGUCUACCCACAGAAAGCAUACUACUAUUGUGCCAUUGUAGAAGAUGUCAUCCUGCGUUUUGCGUGGACCAUCCAGAUCUCCCUCACUUCCAUGCAAAUCUUUCCCUACGCUGCAGACAUCAUUUCUACUGUGUUUGCCCCACUUGAGGUGUUCAGGUAA